CAACAGCAUAGGAAGAAGCAGUGUUUGGAGGAAAAAAGACGACAGCAGAAGAUGUCCUUAGUUAACGACUGUAUUGUUAUUGAUGCUGACUUUGAGGGCUCUGUGAAGGAAUACGCCUCUAUUGUUGACCAGAUCAACAGAAACAAAAAAUUUUCUCAAAAGAUAUCCACUUUGUUGAAGAACGACAAUGCCUUGCCAAAGAGCUUUUACAAUGAAUUGAUUGAAUCGGGUUUAUUAUUAAAGGAUUUGAGUGAUAGGCAGUUUGAGCCCACAUUGAACUUGUUAUUUUAUAUAUUCAGUGAGAGUUUGAAAGAUAGUGAAGAAGUUUUCAACUAUUUUUUGAAAAAAUUGUUAGACAUCUUAGUCCAAGUUUGCCCUCAAACAAACUUGAUUAAGAGCAAUGGGUUAAAAUUUACAAAUAUUUUAUCAACAUUAACCAAUUUUUUUAAUUUUAUCAAUAAAUCAAGCACAUUAAGAUUUGAAAUUUUAAAGAAAAUUUUACAAAUUUUUGAAAAAUUCAAUCAAAAAGAAAAACACGAAAUUUUAUACUUGAUUGUACCUUUAGCAGAUUCCAACGCCUACUUGAAUUAUCUUAAUGAUUCCAAAACUAGUAUUGAUGAUAUCUUAAAAUUCUCUUAUCAAUUAUCAAAACUAUUAUACUCCGCUAGCUCCAGCUCAUUUAACUCAAUCUCAUUUAAUUUAUUAAAGGACUCUUUAUUGAAAAACAUAAUUUAUAUCAACUCCAAUUCAGAUAACGAAAUAAAUCAACAUAUUGAUUUUCUAUUAGAAGUCUCUUUAUUUGAUGAAAACCAAAUUGAUUUAUCGUACCUUGGUAAAUUUACUUAUAUCACCAACCACUCAGUUAAACGUUUAAACCAAAACAUUGCUUUACUCAACUCAUACAAUGCAGACUCAUUAAAUGAUUUUAAAACACUUUUGUCAAAAUCACCUAAAAACACCAAUAAUGAUAUAUUAUUAUACAAAAAACAACUAUUAACUUUAAUUCAAUUGGCUUUAUACUCACCCUCCAAGACAUUAUCAUUCAAACAAAUUUCCAAUAGUUUGAACUUAAACUUUGCAAACACAGAUGAUUUGAUUAAAAUUCAGUUAAUUUUAAUUGACUCAAUUAAGAAGAACUUGCUCUUUGGUAAAAUCGAUCAAUUAAAUGAAUCCUUUACUGUUUACAAAAUCAAUUGCAUAUCCACAGGAAACCCCAGCAAUAACUUGGACAAAAAAGACUGGAUCCAUAUCCUACACAGUCUCAACAACUGGAAAAGUUCCAUCAGGGAAGUUAAGGAAAUCGUUGAAACCUCGCAACUGAAAAAGAGUAACUUGACCUCUAAUAAUUCCAAACAGUCUGUUGCAAUUUAGUUUUAUAUUUUAUGUAUGUCUUAUUAUAUAAUUUCAAUUUCAUACUUUGUUUUUUUUCAUGUUCAACUGUGCUA